GUGAACUCUACUUUUCCUCACAUCAACGAAAGCGGACGAAGACAUCGCAUUUUCUGCAUAUUAUUCUCAAAGAUGUCUGACGCUGGAGAUGAAAUUCAGGUCGAUGAGGCCCAGGUGGAGGUGGAGGCGGAGGUUGAGGUCCCCGCGGAGGCUCCCAAGGGUAAGAUGUCCGUCGAGGACGCGCUUCAGCAAGUCCUCAAGAAUGCUCUCGUUCACGACGGUCUUGCCCGUGGUCUCCGCGAGUGUGCUAAGGCCCUCGACAAACGCCAGGCUCACCUCUGCGUCCUCGUCGAGACGUGUACGGAGGCCGAGUACAUCAAGCUGAUUGAAGCUCUCUGCGCUGAGCACAAGAUCAACCUGAUCAAAGUCGGUGACGCCAAGGUCCUCGGUACAUGGGCGGGUCUCUGUAAGAUCGACCGAGAGGGCAACCCGCGCAAGAUUGUCGGUUGUACUUGCGUCGUCGUCAAGGAUUAUGGUAUUGAGAGUGAGGGUCUUCACGUCCUCCUCGACUACUUCAAAAACCGCUAAGUGAGACGUUUUCGGUACCCUUCGUGCAAGAUACGCGGUACUCCCGAGUGCGUCAACUGUGUAGCAUAUGGUAUCGAAUGUACUUCGCCGUCGACACGAAUGACAUUGCAUGACGAAUACAUACGCUAUGCGAGCAACUGCACAAAUCCAUGUGAGAUGCCAGUCCGAUCUGAUAGGCCCAGUGUAGUGUCUCGAGGCGUAUGAUGUUAGUAACGAG